AUGACUGAACCAAUUAAAGCCAAGCCUAAAUCUUCCAUGAAGAUUGAUAAUGCUCCUACACCUCAUAACACGCCUGCUAGUGUUGCUGGAAGUUCCUUUUUAAAGAAUGGUAAUCCAUUAGGUGAAGCAGAAAAACGCGAGAUGCCAGUUACUAUUGAUGAAGAAAGUAAAGAUGAGAAUGGUGAGAUUAAUAGCAAAGUGAUGAGUGAUCAACCCUUGUUUUUGCAAAGUAUUCAAGACAAGUUGGAUAAUUUGAUCGGUAGUAAUAGUGGGUACGUCAAGACUUUACCAGUUGAGAUUAAAAACCGUAUAUUUGCAUUGAAGAAGAUCCAAAGUGAUUUAUUUGAUAUGGAAAAGGAAUUCCAAAUUGAGAUGUUUGCAUUGGAAGAGAAAUUUUUAAAGAAAUAUCAACCAUUAUAUGACUAUCGUAAUGAAAUAGUUAAUGGUAAGAGCGAGCCUUCUAAAGAAGAAGUUGAACUUGGUAAAAAAUUGGAUGCUGAGGAUGCUGAAAAUGAGGGACUCACUGGGGCUGAUGAAGAAGAUGAAGUGAAUGGAGAUGUGAAAGGUGUUCCAUCAUUUUGGUUGACUUCGUUGGAUAAUUUACCAAUUGUGACAGAUACUAUCACUGAGCGUGAUAGUGAUGUUUUGAAUUAUUUACAAGAUAUCAAAUUAGAAUAUUUGAACAACGGAGAACCAGGGUUUAAAUUGAUCUUUGAGUUUGAUUCUAGUAAUAAUGAAUAUUUCAAAAAUAAAGAGUUGGUAAAGACGUAUUAUUAUCAAAGAGAAUUGGGGUAUUCUGGAGAUUUCAUCUACGAUCAUGCAGAGGGGAGUAAGAUUGAUUGGGUGGAUAAUAAUAAGAAUGUUACAGUGGAAGUGGAGAUGAGAAAACAAAGAAACAAGACGACAAAGCAAGUUCGUACUAUUGAGAAAAUCACACCUGUGGAAUCAUUUUUCAAUUUCUUUGAUCCACCAAAAGUGAAGAGUCCCGUUUUGAAUGAUGAAGGUAAUGAAGAAGAGGAUGAAGAUGAAGAAGACGAUUUGGAACAAAGAUUGGCUUUGGAUUAUUCGAUUGGGGAACAAAUCAAGGAUAAAUUGAUUCCUCGAGCUGUGGAUUGGUUCACUGGUACUGCCUUGGAAUAUGAGUACGAUAAUGAGUAUGAAGAAGGGGAGGAAGAGUAUGACGAGGAGUAUGAAGAGGGAGAAGGAAGUGAGGAUGAAGAAGGGGAUGAUAUGGCAGGUGCCGAGGCUCCAGAAUGUAAGCAGUCUUGA